UCAUCGCGCGCCGCCGCCGCUGAACUUGCAUAAAAGCAGCAGUCGAGCGUGAUACCGGUCGGUGAGAACUGCCGAUCUUAGGUAGGUCAGUUCGUGAUAUCGUGAAAAACGGACACCUUUUAAUCAACCUAGCGCCAUGUUUGUGCACCAUGACGUGUGCAGUUUGAAUUGAUUUUUUAAAAAUAUUACUCACCUAACUUGGUCAAAGCUCAACGCCAGACAGCGGUCACAGACGGAAGACUUGGUGAAAAGCAUCUUACACACCUCACUCAAAAUGGAAGUUCUACCUAAGGAAAGGACUCUUGAACUGCGCAAGAAACACAUUGGGGAGGCCUGCAGGUUAUGGUACCCGACUCGCCCCCUCAAGAUAGUACGGGCCAAGGGUCAGUACAUGUACGACGAGGAAGGAAAUGCGUACCUGGACUGUAUCAACAAUGUCUGUCACGUUGGUCACAGCCACCCGCGGGUUGUCGAGGCAGCUGCCAAGCAGAUGGCCAUCGUCAACACCAAUAACCGUUUUCUCCACGACACCCUGGUCCAGUACGCCGAGCGGCUGACCAGCACAAUGCCCGAGAAGUUAUCCGUAUGCUUCCUGGUGAAUUCUGGCUCAGAAGCCAACGACUUGGCCAUCCAGCUAGCACAGAAGUACACUGGACACAAAGACGUCAUUACCCUCGACCACGCUUACCAUGGCCAUCUGCAGACUGUACUUGCCAUCAGCCCCUACAAGCACAAGCUACUCGGCAAAGACAUCAAGAAGAAAUGGGUUCACGUGGUGUCACCCCCAGAUAUGUACCGAGGGCAACACUGCAAGGCAGAGAAUCCGGGGGAGGCGUUUGCCAAUGACGUGAAAGACGCCAUCGAUAAAGCACACGCUGGUGGCAGACAGAUUGCAGCCUUCUUCGCUGAGUCCCUCCAGAGUUGCGGCGGUCAACUUGUUUAUCCUCCAGGUUACUUCAGAAAUGUCUUCAGGCACGUUCACGAGGCGGGAGGCAUCUGUGUGGCAGAUGAGGUCCAAGUCGGCUUUGGUCGCGUCGGCGAACAGUGGUGGGGCUUCCAGACGCAAGGGUCAGACAUCAUUCCUGACAUUGUGACGAUGGGCAAACCCAUGGGCAACGGCCACCCCAUUGCUGCAGUGGUAACCACACCAGAGAUUGCGGCCAGCAUGGGCCGGGGAGGAUACCAGUAUUUCAAUACCUACGGAGGCAAUCCAGUGUCCUGCGCUGUGGGGAUGGCUGUGCUGGACAUCAUUAGGGAUGAGAAGCUGCGAGAGAAUGCUACCGUCGUUGGCGACUUCCUAAGGAAAGAACUGCUCCAGAUGAAGCAACGCUAUGAAGUUGUCGGCGAUGUCAGGGGACUCGGCAUGUUCAUCGGUAUUGAAUUAGUCCGUAGCAAAGCCACCAAGGAGCCGGCUGCUGACGAGGCAACCUUCAUUGUUGAAUUCUUGAGAGACAAGUUCAUCUUGCUUAGCACGGAAGGGCCGUACAGCAACGUCCUCAAGUUCAAGCCCCCCAUGUGCUUUUCCAUGGAUGACGCCCGCCACCUCCUGGCCUGCCUGUCGGAAGCCCUCCAGGAGAUCGAGAGCCUCUCGGCCAAGGCGCUGGAGACCGUCGCGGAGAAGCGGAGGUUUCCAGGGCAGGCCAUCCACCGUUUGGCCCCCAAGCCCCUGGACAUUGUGCCCGUCCUGGACGUGGGUGACGUGCUCCUGGGGGAGUCCAGCAGCGCUAGUAGUCCCAGCAGUGCGUCCGAUGACUCUGGCCUGGACCUCUCCCCUACCCGGGCGACCAAAGACGUGGACCUGAGGGAUGCGGACACCAAGCUCACUGACAGACCCAAGAAGAGACAGAAGAUCGAGUCAAAUUAAAUUGAAUUUUACUUUGUUUAUGUUGAUUCCCGUUUUAUAAUUCGCUUAGACGGUCGGAUCGUACGCGUACAUUGGUGCUGAUUUGCACCUUCGGUUUAGAUUGUGAUUUCCUAUAUUGUGUUUUAUGUUAAUUUUUUUUAUGUAGAACAAGUUUUGGACCCUCAUGGGCAUUCAUGAAUCGUAGCAUCCAGUAGGUGCUAACCGAGAGCUGUCAAAAUUCAAAGAGCACCCAAGGAGUGCUGUAGUUCUAGGGAAAAAAGGCACCGAAAUGGUCAAACGCCUUCAUUUAUUAAAUUCUGUGGACUGGGCGGCAGUGUCCGCUUGACUCACACAGGUUAGUUUGUGAUGCAGUAAAAAAAAAAACCAAACUAACAACGGGUGCGCUAAAAACUUAAGUUGGUCUCUCAGAACAUACAGGGGAAGUGCUUGUCUGGGAAUAAUACAAAAUGGCGGAGAAUGGGGCCGUUUAUUACAGCCUAUGCAAAUUUGAAUUCUACUUCAUGUGCAUGUAUUAAUAUACCCAUUUCUUGUGAAGUGCAUGACUUUGUACUACAUUUCUACAUGUUUUGCAAACUAGUCACUUUGUUGAGCAAAAGAUAACUGCCACUAGAGUGGAAAAUUAAAUUCGUGCUUUGAAGCAUUAAAAUGAUAUACUGUAAUCAACUGAAGUUCCAUUACGCUGAAGCGAAAGCAUGCUAUUGCAUGGCCUUAGGUAUCUCUUCGAAAACAAGACAAAAAUUAAUGUCAAGUUUGGGCAGUGUACUACAUUUCUUAAAUGUGUUGACCUCUCCUUUGGCUUCAUUUAAAACCGAUCAAGGUUUCAAGAUUGCAGCGGCAUAUUUUAUUCUGACGUAAUAGGCAUCUGCAUCUAUACAUUCUUGUACCCGUUCCUUUCAUUGACACUCUGUAGAUAAAUACACUUGAUUUAUUUUCAAAGAUGUGAUCCACAUUGGAUCGAUAAUAUUGAAAGCUGUCAUUCGUAGCAGCUUUGUGUAGAUAAGAAAAGAAUAUCUAAGUGUGUAGGAAUCAUACCUGCAGAUGCAAUCUGUUUUUAGGUGCAAAAAGUGAAUACAAGAAGCAUUUCGCUCAAUUCUUUACCAUGUUUCUGUUCCACCGUAUGCAAGUUUUGUUUUGCUGGAACCGAUUUCCAAUGCUUCGACUUCACUGCAAGCAUAAAGUGUAUAACUAUCAUCAGUACCUAAGGCCGGUAAACAUUUUUUAGUUGCACGUAAGCAACUGACUUUAAUUUAGCUAAGCGUUUGUAUUUAUUAUUCAUGUUAAGUACCCUAUAGUCUGUCACAGGGGUGUGGAGCAGAAUGAAGUCACUGUUGAUGUCAGGAACUUGACAAAAUUGUAAGUAACUUUGAAGACUGUAAUGAUGAGAAAUAAAUACCGGCAAAGUGUGAUAUUUCAAUGUUUUGUUUUAAACACUUGCUCCAAAGAGUGAAGUCAUACUUAUUGUUCACAGGAGCAAGUACAGCUAUCCAGAAGCUAAUCUAGUGAACGGAGAGGGGGAUAAGAAUGAUGACUUCACCGAUGUAAAGAAAA